AUGUAUUUUGGAAAAGAUUCUGAUGCCGGUCAUAUGCAGUAUCGCAAAGGUACAACAACAUUAGCAUUUCUUUAUGAACCGCUGACAACAAAUGAUGUCGGUGGUAUAAUUGUUGCCGCUGAUUCUCGAGCAACGUCAAAAAGUUGCAUGAAAAUUCUUGACGUAUCUGAUAGAAUAGUUGCCACAAUGGCUGGUAGUGCGGCUGAUUGCCAGUUUUGGACUCGUAUUGUCGCCAAAUAUUGCAAGUUAUAUGAACUGCGUGAGAAAACAGCAAUCACAGUGGCCGCAGCUAGCAAAUAUUUCUCGAACGUGCUAUAUUCGUAUCGUAGUUAUAAUCUACAGAUCAGUUCUAUGGUGGCUGGAUAUGAUAAAAGGGGAUCAGCAAUUUUUAUGGUCAAUAGUGAAGGUCAGCGGGUACAGCUAGAUAUUUGCAGUGUUGGAUCGGGAUCACUGGACGCAUAUGGUGUUCUCGAUAAUUUCUAUAAGAAGAAAAUGAGCGAUGACGAAGCUGUAAAAUUAGCUCGACGAGCAAUUACACUUGCGGCAUAUCGUGAUAGCGGCUCUGGUGGAUUUUGCAAUAUGGUUCAUAUAACUCCAGAAAGAAUAAUUCGAUUCCCAUCUUUGGAUGUGUCUCAGUUGUUUUGCGAAUUCGCGGAUGAAAUCGGCCGCGAUAUUGUUUAUGAGCCUAGAGACGAUAAUUAA